AUGGAUCAGUUUGUGCACGUGGGUGCAACAUUGACUGGAUUUGCGCGAGCAGAUUACCAGGCUUCCAUGGAAGACUUUAGCAGGUUUCAAGAUCCCGUGCGCGCAGGUUAUGACCAUCUGCUGUGGACCGAUGUUCAAGGACUGGCCGAUGACGAACCACAGCAGCGCAUGUCACAGAUGGUCCAGGCCCUCCAGGCCAUCACGAAACAACAUGGCUUCACUGACGAGUGGUACCAGCAGACGGUGCACGAGAUCGCCAAGCGGAUGCCUGGUUUCGAUGCUUCGCAAGCGCUGCUACAAGCGCAGGUCCCCGAGCACAUCACACCCGUGGCGCGAAACGCGGCGGACCCGCGCGGGUCGGCGGACCUGCAUGGGUCGGCGGACCCGCGCGCGGGACGCACACGCGCGAGUCCGCGGAGCGUCUCGGCCGAGCGGUUGGAAGAGCUGAAUCAGUACAUCCGACAGCAAGCUCAAGAAUAUGUUGAAAGCCAAGCAGAGUGGAGCAGGCAAUUGGCGGAGGUCCGCAGCGAGGGCCUCCGAGAGGCGGAGAAGCUGCGGCGUGAAAAGGCCGAGCUCGAGCAGCAGGCGCGCCGGGAGCUUGGCCGCUUGAAGCAGGUGAUCUCCGACCUGGGUGGCGAAUGUCCCGAAGAGAACUCCUGGGCGCUCUCCAUGGUCGCCCCAGAGGAGUACCAAGCUUUGCAGAAGCGUUGUGCUUCAGCUGAAGAGCGAGUUCAAGAAUUGGAACAGUACAUUAAGGCCGCGCGGCCUGAAGAGGAGGGGAAGUGGGGAGUGGAGGAGGAGCUGCGUAAAGCAAAGGCCUUCCAGAAGGAGCAGGAGAGAGAGAAUCAGGAGCUGAAGGCACUAUGCAUGCACCAUCAUCAGAAGGUGCUUUUUUGGGAAGCUGGUGCUCAUCACUUGGUCGACAUGACUACUCAAUUCCUCAGUCGGACAAAGGAGCCCAGCGAAGGACUGCAGCGCAGUGCAUGUCAGGAUGCGGCCGUUGCGACGGGCCUGGCCGUUCCCGCCGGGUCGACGGGCCUUGCACCGGAAGUGACGGACAGCGAAGGUGACGUUCAGCUGGAGACCGCCCAGGACAUUGAUGAGUCGAGCAGCGGCACCUGCUUGGUGCAACCAGCUGCCAAGGCCGCCCACUUCAUCACAGAAGUCUUCCUGGAGUUGAAGCAGAUGCUUCGAACCUCGCUCUCAGACAACCGCACAGAGGUCACAGAGCGACCGCGAAGGAAGGAGGUCUCCACAAAGGAGCGGUGCUUUCCGGUUGGAGCGGUCCUUUUUCUGGCCUGUGAAGCGAUCCAACAGAUCCUGGAGGACUUGGGCCCCACGCGCCGGGCUGCAGCUGAACGGCUGGUCGCUGCGGAGAAGGCGCUGCGGUCGUUGGAUCGCGAGCUGCGCAGUUGCCAGGAGAUUUUUGGUAGCGAGCUGUCUCAAGAAGAGGUCUCCCGAAAUUUGCCCUUAGAUGAAGAGAGCCAGUUGAGAUGUUUGACCGCGAUGUGGCAAGCGAAACUGAGCUCUUCUCAAGCUUUGUCAGAGUUUGUCCUACUGCCACAGCACUUGAAGCUGAUGUUCAAAGCCUUUGCCGAUGCCAAAGACCGAUGGAAGAUCGAUGGAAACACCAUGAAGGGGUACUACUUGCAUUCGGAGAGUGGUUACCUCUACAUUUGGCACCAAGCCACUGGGGUUCUCUACGAACACUUGCAGUCCAGUGGUCAAUGUCAGGCUGUUUGGUCGUCCGCAGUACCGCAGCUCAAUGCCGAAAUCUGGACCGUCUUGCCGCUCCCGCCGACGGACCCAGCGAGCAUGCAGGCGUCGAGCGUGAGCAACGGCGAGUUGCCCAACAUCGACGUCUUCAUCAACUUGACCGUGGCGCACGAGGCUGAUAAGCAGAUCCCUGCCGAUUUGCUUCAGGCUGCCCUGGAGGGCUUCUCCCUGCGAUGGGAGCUAAGACCCCAGGAGACGAAGAAGAUCACUCGCUUGCCUCCAGCAGGCCAAUGCUAUGCCUUGCAGAACUUCCGAGGCCCUAAGGAUGAAGGUUCCAUGGCUGAGGCUUUGGACGAAUUCCUGGCUGAGUUGAAACGACAAUAUCCUCCUCCCUGGGGGAGCAGCGCGUGCACCUUGAGGGUGGAGUCGACCGGCGCUAUCAUCGGCAGGUGUUGCCCUGACCUGGAUGCGCUGUGCCGAGACGACCCUCCGGAGCGGUUGGCUCAGGCACAUUGCAAGAUCCGAUCCGAGAAGGAUCGGUUCUUCCUCUGUGACAUGGAGACCUCCGAAGAGGGCACCACCUUGGACGGCUACGCGGUGAAUGGCCAAUGGGUCGGUCCGUUGAAGACUGGCAGCCUCAUCGUGUGUGGGCCUUUGAGGAUCAAGAUCCAGUUGAGCGAGAUGGCAAAGGACACUCCGCUGGAUGCUAGUGCUAUGCGGCAGAUGUCUUUGAAAAGAUCCUUCGGGGAAUCCGACGAUGAGGAGGACCCCGCGUGGCGCCGCAAGGUCUUCCAACGCAGCGAAGAGGACUGCCAGCUUGAGUGGAGAAGACGACAAGAGCAGUACAAGGAUCGAGCUCAGGAGCGCCGCCAGCGUCAUAGCAACAGUGGUGCCGCCAUCGAUACCUUGGUGAACAAGUUCGAGAAGAUCGUCGAGGCUGAGCGGAUGGCCGCGGAGGUGGAAGCUCAACGCGUUGAGAUGCCCACGCAGGAGGAUCAACGAGAGGCCUGCAUGAACGUGGAUGGCACCUUUGUGGGUGGUGAAAAGCUUGAGCGUGCGGGCAUCGGCUUUCAUAGCUCUGCCAGUGCGGAGCUGAUCCCCAAUGUGCUCGAUCCCAAGUCCCUCUCGCGGCAGGACACGGCCAAGAUCAAGAUGCAGAUGCGCUUCAAGCAGGCCCAUGAAUGA